AAAUGGAAUACACGAAGCACUUGGUGGGUGCGGUAUUGAGGCCCGUCCUCUGCUCUCGAGACUCUCUCUCCCAUUCUAUUUGUUUCUCUUCGCCAUCUCCUCCUCUCGAUCUGUAAGUUAUUUUUGGCUUUUUAUGAAUUAGUUUCUUUCGCCUCAACUCUAUGCGUUGAAUUCAAGCAGAAACUUGCAGAAUUUUGGUGCAUUCUGCUUGAUUUAUGGUUCUAGUAUCGCAACGACGGUACAAACUGUAGAUCCUGUUCGUUUGUGGGAUGUAUAUCUUCGAUUUUGGGUUAGGUUUCGGGGAAACUAAGAUUUUGAGGUGAAAUCCUGCGCUGCGUCUUCGGAUCUCGAGGGUUAGUUUACAUUCCAGCUCGAGUUUCGAGGUCUCACUUCUCAUCGUAAAAGAUUCGGGGGCUAUUGGCCGUGAUUUGUUCGAAUUUAGGUGGGAUCGAGAGGGAUCGGGGAGGGUUAGGGUUUGCUAAAUGGCUUCGAAUCCUCCAUUCCUGGUGGAGGAUCAGACGGACGAAGAUUUCUUUGACAAACUGGUCGACGAUGAGUUCGAGUCCUCCACCACCGCCAGCAGAUCAAAACCCCAGUUUGCUGACGGUAAUGAUUCUGACGACGCGAAAGCGUUCGCGAAUUUGAGCAUCGGUGAGGUUGGAAAUGCAUAUGAGGAUGUGGGGGGUGGCAGUCGCGGCGGUGAUGAAGAUAACAUGUUGGAUUCUGGAUCGAAAAGUGAGAAGGAUUGUGUGGAUGAAGCUGCAGAGUUGUUGGGUGCUCACGCUGAUGAGAGGAAUUUAUUGAUUUCAUCCAAUUCGGUUGAGCAUGAUAGGAUAAUGGAGUCGAGUAAUGAUGGGAUUGGAUCCGGAUUAACACCGGAUUUGACUGUGAGCAAGAGCAGUGGAUCCGGGGGCUCUAGGGUUAAGGAGGUGGGCUGGAAUUCUUUUCAUGCGGACACGGAGCAGAAUGGCAGUGAAGGGUUUGGAUCGUAUUCCGAUUUUUUCAAUGAAUUGGAAUGUGAUUCCAGUGGCUUCCCGGGAAAUGUGGGCGAUAACUUGAAUAGCAAAGCGGAAAUUGAAUCGGCCAAUAAAAAAUUUGGAGCUGAUGGUAUGAAUAAUUUGGUCAAUUAUGCGCAUUAUCAGGAGAGUCAAAUUCAUGGUGCAUCAACGGAACAAAGUACGAAUGUGCAGGAUUUAAAAGAUAGCCAGUACUGGGAUAAUCUCUAUCCUGGGUGGAAGUAUGAUCCCAAUACAGGGCAAUGGUAUCAAGUCGAUGGAUAUGAAAGUAUGGCAGCGGAUACUCGUGAUUCGGCAACUGAUCGGGGCUCUGUUUCUGAUGGUAAAACGGAGGUUUCUUACAUGCAGCAAGCUGCUCACUCAGCUGUGGGAACUGUGACUGAAACUAGCUCGACUGAGUGUGCGUCUAACUGGAGUCAGGUUUCCCAAGGGAAUAACGUGUACCCGGAUCAUAUGGUUUUUGAUCCUCAGUACCCCGGCUGGUUUUAUGACACAAUUGCGCAAGAAUGGCGCGCUUUGGAUACGUACACUUCCUCCGUUCUAUCAACCGCACAGACCCAUGAUCAGCAGCAUCAGAAUGGGUUUGUUUCCUCUGGUAGUCUUCAGCAGAAUAAUAAUAGCUUAAAUGGUGAGUACUUUCAAACUGACAAUUAUGGACAAGGUUUUGUAAGCCAAGGCGCGGAUCAAAGCUGGGCUGGGGCUUACGACAAUAAUUAUCAGAAGGAUUUGAAUGCAUGGGAAGCUUUUCCAAAGAGUGCGGCUUUUACAACUUUGAGUGGAAAACAGCAAAUGGAUAAUUCUUAUGGCUCUAAGGUUUCUGUGAACGUUAAGCAACAGAAGUCUUUUAGUUCCUUCGGAACAGUUUCAAUGUACGAUGGAGCAAGUCAGACUUACGAUAAGGUUAAUGGGACUGUUGAAUUCAAAAGCCUUAGCCCUGAUGGGAACUUCAAUCAGGAAAAUGCGAAGCUGGACGCACAAACACAAUUCUCGAACAGUUACUUUGACAGUCAGAAAAACGUAAAUGUUUCGCACCAAUCCUUUGGGAGUGGUCAUCAGACUUCUUAUGCUCCCAAUGUAGGAAGAUCGUCUGCUGGGCGUCCUCCACAUGCUCUGGUAACGUUUGGGUUUGGCGGAAAACUCAUUGUAAUGAAAGAUAGUAGUUCUCUCAGUAGCUCAUCGUAUGGAAGCCAGGAUCCUGUAGGAGGCUCAAUUUCUGUUAUGAACUUGAUGGAAGUUGUCUUAGGAAACACUGCUGCUUCAAGCCUUGGAUUGGGUGCGUCUUGUUAUUUUCAUACUCUGUGCCAACAAUCCUUUCCAGGUCCAUUGGCUGGUGGGAGUGUUGGAAGUAGAGAGUUGAACAAAUGGAUUGAUGAGAGGAUAACAAGCUGUGAAUCAUCCAACAUGGAAUAUAAAAAAGACAAAGUAGUGAGGUUGCUUUUCUCUUUGCUUAAGAUAGCUUGCCAGCAUUAUGGAAAACUUCGAUCUUCUUUUGGUGCUGAUGUUGUUUUGAAGGAAAAUGAUUCUCCUGAAUUAGCGGUUGCCAAACUUUUUGCAUCUGCCAAAAAGAAUGGUGCACAAUUCAAGGAGGACGGGGCUCUUAGCCACUAUCUGCAGAAAUUGCCUUCUGAAGGACAACUAAUGGCAACUGCUUCUGAGGUACAAAAUUUUCUCGUUUCUGGUAGAAAGAGAGAAGCUCUCCAAUGUGCACUAGAAGGUCAGUUGUGGGGACCUGCACUGGUGCUUGCUUCACAGCUUGGUGAUCAGUUCUAUGUUGAUGCUGUGAAGCAAAUGGCAGUUCGCCAGCUGGUUGCAGGAUCACCUCUCCGUACUUUAUGCCUACUAAUUGCAGGGCAGCCAGCAGAAGUUUUUUCUUCAGACACAACUGAUUCUGGUCUCUUGGGUGGUUUUAGUUUGCAUCAACAGCCUACAAAGAUUGGAGCCAAUUUUAUGCUUGAUGACUGGGAGGAAAAUUUGGCUGUAAUAACUGUAAACAGAACAAAAGACGAUGAACUAGUACUUAUUCAUCUUGGAGAUUGCCUGUUGAAGGAAAGAAGUGAGAUUACUGCUGCACACAUCUGCUAUUUAGUUGCGGAAGCAAACUUUGAGUCGUAUUCAGACAGUGCCAGACUCUGUCUAAUUGGAGCAGAUCAUUGGAAAUUUCCUCGAACGUAUGCUAGUCCAGGGGCUAUUCAGAGGACCGAGUUAUAUGAAUAUUCCAAGGUGCUUGGGAACUCUCAGUAUGUCCUGCUGUCAUUUCAACCAUAUAAGAUCAUAUAUGCACACAUGCUAGCUGAAGUGGGGAAGGUUUCAGACUCUUUGAAAUACUGUCAAGCGGUAUUGAAGUCUUUGAAGAUUGGUCGAGCACCCGAAGUAGAAACAUGGAAACAAUUAGUGUUAUCUCUUGAGGAGAGGAUCAGAACCCAUCAACAGGGUGGAUACGCCACAAAUUUGGCUCCAGCUAAAUUAGUUGGGAAAUUGCUUAACUUUUUUGAUAGUACUGCACAUCGUGUUGUUGGGGGUCUCCCACCACCUGCACCAUCAACAUCUCAAGGAAGUGUUCCAGUUAAUGAACAUUAUCCCCAGCCAACCGGCCCUAGAGUAUCAUCUAGUCAGUCGACAAUGGCCAUGUCAUCGUUAGUGCCUUCUGCUUCAAUGGAGCCCAUAAGUGAUUGGACAGCCGGUGGCAAUAGAAUGACAAUGGCCAAUAGAAGUGUUUCAGAGCCAGACUUUGGUAGGACUCCAAGACAGGAACAGGUUGAUUCAUCAAAAGGUAUGGCCUUGGCAAACAAACAAGGCAAAGCUUCACGCUUUGCUGGCUUUGGUUUUGGCUCACAGUUGCUGCAAAAGACUGUCGGGCUAGUUAUAAGGCCUCGCUCAGAUCGACAGGCUAAACUGGGUGAUAAGAAUAAAUUCUAUUAUGAUGAAAAGCUGAAGAGAUGGGUCGAGGAAGGUGCUGAACUCCCAGCUGAAGAAGCUGCCUUGCCUCCUCCCCCACCAACAAUGGCAGCCUUCCAGAAUGGUACGACAGAUUACAACUCGAAUUCCACAUUACAGACAGAAGGGACUUUGAUGAAUCAGAGUCCAGAUUAUAAAAAUCCUACUCCUUCAGAGCAUAGUUCAGGAAUCCCAUCUAUUCCAUCUGGCUCAAAUCACUUUUCAGCUCGGGGAAGAAUGGGUGUACGUUCAAGGUACGUGGACACCUUCAACCAAGGUGGUGGAAACCCUGCAAGCAUGUUCCAGUCACCAUCUGUGCCAUCCGUUAAGCCUGCUGUUGCUGCAAAUGCAAAGUUUUUUAUUCCCACCCCAGCAUCAUCAGGUGAACAGACAAUGGAGGCUAUUGCAGAAAAGGGGCAAGAAGGAACUCCAACCAAUGAGGAUCCUUCAACAUCCAUUGCCAAUGACUCGUUCCUGUCUCCUGUGCCUUCAUCAUCAAUGACAAUGCAGAGGUUCCCUAGCAUGGGUAACGUCCCAGGCAGAGUAGCAACAAAUGGCAAGGCCUCUGUCUCUCCUUACUCUCGGCGAACAGCUUCGUGGGGUGGAAGCUUCAGUGAUCCAUUCAGCCCUCCCAAUCCAGCGGAACUAAAACCUUUAGGGGAAGUAUUGGGCAUGCCCCCAUCGACAUCGAUGCCUAAUGAGCCUUCUUUGAUGCGUAUGCCAAUGAAUGAUGGCAGUUUUGGGGAUGACCUUCAUGAAGUGGAACUUUGAACCAACAUGGUUAAGAUGUAAAUAUUGAAGUUUUGUUCUUUGUGAUCGAUAGAAUACUCGGGAUAAUCCUCCUGGAUCUCUCUGCAAAAUGGUGGUAUGUGCUGCAACCCGACUCCAGAGAAGGAACAAAAAGAGGUCACCCCUUUAAAGUUUCGAGCUUACCUAUACCGCUGGCGCUGAUUUCUAUAGUCCUAAAUUUCAAGGUGACUGUGCCAGGAGUAGCCACCAUUUGAGAAUUCAGGAGUUUUAUACCCUCAUCAGCAAGCAAGGAGAGACCCUGCAUCGGCACCAUUGUACAGUUCAUUUGUUCAUUUAUUGAGAAAUAGGAAGGCUCUCUGGGUAGGUAUGAGUCUGAAAAGAUAUUCUCAAGGGAAGAAAGGUAAGUGCAUUGAAUUGCAAAAAUAAGUUGUUUUGCUUGUCAAUCUGCAUGAUUUUUAAUGUUUUAUUAUAAAAUUGAAUCAAAUGUCCCAAGUGGAUGUCGAAGUUUUGUGUCAUUCUUUGAAUUUAAAUUUGUAACUUCAUUUAUCGGGUCGAACGCAACUGUGGAAUCCGAGAGGCUUGAAAGUUUCCACCAAGAUUCGAAUAAGAAUGACCUGACAAAGACUCCAUUCUGCUGGUCUUAUAAACUUA